CAGAUGGGGAAUCAAAAUGCAACAACCGAAUUCGUCUUCUUGGGCUUCUCCACCUUCCCCAAGCCCCACGCCUUGUUCUUCCUCCUGUUUCUCGCAAUGUACAUCACCACGCUGCUUGGCAAUGGGCUCAUCUUGGCCACUGCAUGGCUGGAUUCCAGCCUCCAUACACCCAUGUACUAUUUCAUCGGUCACCUGUCGUUCCUGGAUGUCUGCUACAUAUCGGUCACGCUGCCCCACAUCCUCAAGCAUCUGCUAGCCAAGAUCAAGACUAUUUCCGUCCAGGCCUGCCUGGUGCAGCUUUACUUCCUGGUCACUUUUGUGGGGGUUGAGUGUCUCCUCUUGGCCGUGAUGGCGUAUGACCGCUACGUUGCCAUCUGCCAUCCCCUUACGUACACCCUCGUCAUGAAUAAGAAAACGUGUGCCCAUCUGGUGGUGGCAUCCUGGGGCUGCGGCUUCCUCAACUCAGUCCUGCACACAGCCAUGACUGCCCGCCUGCCCUUCUGUGCUUCUCACAGCCUCAACCACUUAUUCUGCGAUGUCCCCCAGCUCCUCAAGCUGUCUUGCACAGACACGUCCAUCAACCAAAUCACCCUGCUGGUAGUCACGCUGCUGUUGGGCGUCAGUCCAUUUCUCUGCAUCGUGGGUUCCUAUGUCCACAUUGCGGCAGCGGUCUUGAAGAUCCGCACCACCCAGGGCCGCCGCAAAGCCUUCUCCACCUGCACUUCUCACCUUGCAGUGGUCACCUUGUUCUACACCACCUGCAUGUUCAAUUAUAACAGGCCGAGCACCAGCCAUUCUGUCUACAUGGACACUUUGGCAUCUGUGCUCUACAAUGUGGUGACUCCAAUGCUGAACCCAAUUAUAUAUUGCCUGAGGAACAAAGACAUGCAGGAAGCUCUGAAACAUCUGCUCAGCCCCAAAAUGCCAUCCUCCCUUUAG